UCAACAACUGUUUACCUCGGCUGAGAUUUGUAAAAUUUGCUCUAGUUUUGAUCUCCUACUCUCAGCAAACAUCCACCAUGAAUCUCCAUGGAUUCAACUAUAAUCAGUAUUUCCGAUUCAGAAGAAAUUGUUGAAAUCAGUACUUCCGAUGUCGAAGAAUUUGUUGAAACUAUUGAUUUGACAUCAGACAACAACGAAUUGAAAAUGCUUGGCUUGAAUCACCGGUAUCAUCAGGGGGCCGGGCAGGGGCACCAGGGGACUGACCACCGGCGGCAUGGAGCUGACAUGGAGAUGGUGUGUAUGGUUGACACGUCAGGAACAAGAGCCCCUUUCUCCAAUCAUGAUGAACUUUACACAGUAUGCAGUUCACCAUCAACGCCUUACGAUUGUGAUGUUUCUGAUCAACCAUUUGAGUCCAUGCUUCCUGGAUCUCGAACACAAACCACGCCUGUGUCGGCAACGAAGACGCUUGAACGCACAUGUUCGAAAGAAGACUUUCUUGACGCACCAGACCAUUUUGUGAAAAAGAAAAAGGAUUCCAAGAAAAAUGGUGACACACGAAAGAAUGGAAAGAAAAAGAUCAAGAGCGAACAUCGUUUGAAGAAGAGGCACAGACACAACAGCAAUUGGCAGUCAUCUGACAGCGAUUUUGAUGAAGAGAUAUCACCCAAAAAGCCCAGUUUUGCGAGACGCCACAUGAGAUCCCCUCAAGGGAAGCCUGCAGCUAUGGUGUCGCUGUCCAGACCAGUCAGUAGCUUCCCAAGCUCUCUCUGUCUAGAGUUUGACAGCAUCAACCAUGGGUAUACUACUGAGAAAUUCUCUGAUGACUCCGACCUUCAGGAUACUUCUUCUUUCUUGUGUCAGGCCAAGAGACCGGCUUCUCCAAUGCUGGUAGAGCGAUACUCCUCUCCAAAAGGAGAAAAACGACCCAUCAACCAUCUAGAUGACCAAAGCUUUCAUGGAACACCAGUAAAGAAGCCCAAACUUGCAGUCUCCCACCAACAUUCACUUGAUAAAUGCAGCCCUGCAGACCUCCCUAAAUCAGCCUUAAAGGAAACCACCACUUUGAUGAACAUCAGAAAAACAUUCUUGAGCUUGUCAGAUUUCUCCAAUAGUGAUGAAGACUUUGAACCUCUUGAUAAACGAGUCAUGCAGACCCCAUCGAAGCAGAGCUGGCUAAAGAGACCAUCGCCCAGUAAGUGCAAAGGUUCUGGUUUACCAAGACUGUAUAGGAGAGAAGAAAAGUUUGUAGGGGUUCCCAUUCACAUCCAAGUAAAGGAGUCAAAUUGUGAAAUUCAAAAUAGCGAGAAGCCAGCAUUAGCUGAUGGGAAGGAUCCUACAAUUCAAACUGGAGUUUCAGAGCCUAGUUGUGUCUUGCCAUUUUGUCAACGGCAGAGAGACUUAGUUGAAGCAGUAAUGGAAGAGGACUUUAAUGACGAAGCUAUCUCUUUCAUUCGGGACUUCACCACCCUUCACCGUGGGGCUCCUGAGGAGUACAUGAUGUACCUUUUGAAAGACGUGAUGCUAGCUGAUAAGAUGGAGACUUCCACUGUCCUGAAUGCCUAUGGUGCACUGAUGCAUAUCCAGAACCUACAUCCCGCUUCUGCUGCCACUUUUUCUCUUGAUUGGGACCUGGUCACUUCUGUUAUCAAGAGACUUUCCUUGCAAACAGAAACCUUGGAUAACCCUCAACUCGCUUAUGUUCUAGCCUUUCAAUUUAUUGUUCAUGUUGUCAUGGAAGAUUUUCAAAACAUGCAAACGAACAACACGCCUAUAAAGUCAUUUUCCCAUGAUCUUCUGUCCACUGACAAAUGCCUUGGUCACGUGAGGGAUAUAAUAGAGUGGAUUUGUCAAAUUAUCAAGAAGAAGUUCAAGAAGAAAACACCAUCAGCAUCCCCACCAGCUCCUUCGAAACCUGACCAGGCAGAAGACAGGAAUAUAUUUGCGAUCUUCCAGCAGAUUGCGGAGCCAAGUGACGAGAGCUCCAGACCAGCAGCAGCAAUUCCUAGUAUGGGGUCCUCACAAACUGUGGGUUGUGGGAGUUACUACACUGUGUUAAAACUGCUUCAGAAAUUGCUGGUCCUGAGUUUUGCUGAAGGCAAAAGCAUCAGUGCUCUGAGGAUUGCUGAAGAGUUCGUCUACCCUUAUCUCUACAUUCCAAGUUUGGACCAAAGAAAACUUUGCCUUCAAACCCUAACCUGUGACCCAGUGAGGGCAAAGGCCAUUGAGCUGCUGCUUGAAAAUCUUUGUGAUGCAAGUGCAAGAGAAGAGCAGCAAGGCGUGUUAACUGUUCGAAAGAUCGUUGAAUGUCAUUUCCGAUCAAGACCAAUGAGAGUGAGCGAGUUUGUAGAGGUGGAGGCCGACACCAUGGAAGGGGGCGCUGCAGGAAACAAGAUUAUCCGAGAGGAACGAAUGGCAGAGUGUGAGGAGCUUGCAAUGUUACUCUUCUUCCUCUUGCAGAGCUACAUCAGGACUAAGAGAGCAAGAUACCAUUCAACAUCCAGCCACAGUCAAUCCCACGAUUCACAGAACACCACCAACUCCCAGAAUUGCCAUCCAUCAGAGAGCUCUUCAAUCGAGCAUUGGUUGAGUGCGGAUGAUCGAGAGUGUCUAUGGCAGAUGGGAGAUCAUGUUGAAGCACUUGGGGGCCAUCUACGAUGCCACUGUGACCGACUCACACCUAGGACUAAACUCUAUCUUGCUCAGAUAGAAUGUUUGAGAGAGAUGGCAUGCUGAUAGGAAUGAGACCGGCUGGGCUAGCCACCAAACACUGGUUAAACUCAGACAGUGACUGUUGUAAUAGCAGCUUAAGUGUAUGUUACUUGAUCCCUGCCAAACAAUGCAAACAACUCUGAGAGGAUAUGCCUAUGUACAUAUUUGAGAGCAAAUUGGAGACAAAGUUGAUCGCUGCACAAAGAAAUAAUAUAUGUAAGGCAUCUCUCGGAAGUCUGCUCUAGUUAUCGAACUAUUUACAAGAAUUGAUUUUCAUCUUAGUUUUGGGGUUACUUUUCAAUUUAUUUUAGUUUUUUUAAUAGUUUUGUACAAUCUUAAUUCAUGAAAAAGGGUACUUUUUUUUAUACAAUUUUUGAAAUUGACUGAUUCUCCUUUGUAAGUAGCUCUAUGACUGAGUAUGAAAUGAGCCCCAACCUAAUCCUUAAAGGCAAAGUAUACCUUUUUCAUUUAAAAGUGUGGAAGCAUUUUUGAGAUAUCGCAGAAAAUCCAGAGCAAAUAAUUAUGUCCACCUGGUAAGAAUAAUCCCUAAUGGGUGUGUACAUCUCAGAUUCAAAUUUAGGGGCAUAACAACUGAUGUCUUUUUACAUAACCUCAUUACUUCACAGUGAAAUGAUUCUCAAAUUGCUUUACACUAUCAAAAGCUGACUGUAGGCUUCUAAUCAAAAGUUUUUAUUGUCACUUAUUUUAAGAGCGACGACCAAAUUUAUACCUGCCCUUUUAAAACAACAUUUCAGUCUCAUCUUACCCAAUGUGUGUUCAGUUUUUGUACAUUUUUUUACAAAAGUAAUUUGCUGUAUGUUUUUGUAUGAUAUUCAUGUUUGAUAGUCCAAUGUCAUAGAGCUGCUUAAGCACAACAAGUGGUUAAGCACCAAAUAAUUAUGCUUACCAGAAUACAGUUACCAGCCAAAACACAAUGUCACUUUUGUGACGGCAUGGUAUCCUGCUCAUUUCUGCUAAGCAGCAAAUUGUUAUACAAUGUUUAUUCUUAAGCAGCUCUAUGCCCAGGGGGCAAUGUGCUCUAUUUAAUUCAUGUAAUUGAUGACUUAAUUAAAACAAUUGUUACUGAUUUUGUAUGGGUUCAUACUGACCAAUAUGUGCAUAUUUAUGAAAGCAACUUUUGUCUGUUUUCCUGAGAAUACUGUUUAUGUUUUUGUUACGUUUGUUCUUAAUUCAAGGACUGCAAUAUGCCACUCAAAUCAAUACUAAUGGAAAGCUGGUACUCUCCAAUCAAUGUACAGUUCAUUUUCAAGUACAUGUUAAGUAAGAUAUUUUAUAAAGCAGCUCCAAUGGUAGAGCGCAGGCGCGUUAAUUCGGAGGGCGUUGUUUCAAAUCCCUCUCUAGUCAAUUCUUUGUUCAACCCUCAAAAUAAUUUCAUAAAGCUAGAUGGAUAUUUAACACAUUUACUUUGAUUGAAAGUACAUGUUUUGUGUUCCUGUUUCUUUUUACUCUCCCGUCAGGGUACUGUUGGUUAGAUAGGUUGAAUAAUAUUCCGCACUAUUGCUAAAAAGAAGCCCACUACCCUGAUCUCAGGCAAAUAUCAGUAUACUGUGCACGCAUACAUGGCCACGCUUUGUACGGACUGCGACUGCUACUGAAGUCUAGUGAACUGAUGUAAGGGUCAUGUGAGUUUUUUAGCAAAAGUGACGCCAUUGUUGCGGAGUGCUAUUAUUACCCAAAUGAGGCAUUUAUUUCAGUUCUACAUGGGUAAUUUACUGAUGAUAAAUGCUUUCUUCUGUUGAUUUACGUACAGAGCAAGGUUGUGUAUGAUAAUAUUAAGCCUCGUCCACAAUAUAUGCAAAUUUGUCCACUUCAUCAGAAUGUUUUUAAUUGUAAUUUUCCUCUAAUGACAAGCUGUACGACCUGUGCCCAGAUUUAAAUGUACAAUGUAGUUCAGAAAUGUGUAGUUUGUGGUAGAUAACUUGGGGUUGGAGCAGUGGAGGUUUUUUUCAGAUGAAUAAACUAGAAAGAAGUGCCAAAACAAAUUGUGGUUUGCAUUGCUUUAUUUAUUUAUGAACUUAACUGUAGAUUUGUUCUCUAAUGCUGCUUCCAUACUUUGUCUGGAUCGAGACAUUACACAUGUUAAUAAAUUACGCCAA